AUGUCGCGCCCGCUACUUCCCGAGUCAGCAUACGAAGCUCUCGGCCUCUCUCCUGAAACGAUCAAAGACCUGAUGAAUCCCAAGCCUGCGCCCGAACCUACCGAAAUCCACGCGCCGAACCUCCUGCAGAGUGACGAAGACAAUGCGCGCCCCAUGUCGCCCAACGAAACUUCCAUAACGCUAUACGCCGAACUGCUGCUGCAUAUACGUACGGUCACGCUUUUUGCAUCGCUGCGCACGAAUUUCUCUCGGUCGACGGACGCGAAGCUGUCGUCUGAUGGGUCUUACAUCACUGUCUCUCAUGAGGGCCAGUCCGCGUCAAUACGUCUUCCUAUCAACGUCAAAGGCGGAGGCGACGCUGCGCUUGAACUACCGUCACAGCCUCCAACGAAAGAGUUAACACUCCGUCUUCAGCUGGAAGAAAAGGAAGGAAGCGACCUUCUUGGGACACUGCAACGCGAAGACCGACAGGCCAACAUUGUACCGUGGGACGGCGCUUCGCUCAACGAUGCGAAGGAUUUUGAGAUAACCUGCAAAGGCUGCGACGGUAUCCUUGUAGCGAAAGGAAAGAUUCAACAGUGGAGAGACCUGCCUAAUGAGAAUUGGGCUGAGAUGAUGGACUUUUGGCAUUGCCAUAAGCCGGACGAGCAUCACUUGCACGAUCACACACACGAUGAUGUUGUCGGUCAGAAGGGUUAUGCAGCUGGUAAUCGCCUGCAGGCUACGGGAGGUGUUGGGUUUGUUGAUCUGGCCAGCUUUCUACUGGCAGAGUCGGAUUGCGAAGGCGCACAGAAAUGGAUAUCAGUCCGCCUCCUCCACCUCAUCGAAAACACCGGCCUCCGCAAAUUCCACAUCCACACCGCCGCACCACCCGCCCAAUCCCAAGAAACCCCCAUACCCUCCCUCCUCAUCUGGGUCUUCACCCCCGAUCUCCUCUUCUCCUCUUCCAUACCCACGCCCGGCCGUCUCGAUCCUACCCGCACAAUGAAAGUCUUCUACCAGAAACAGACAUGGCAGGCGUUGAAGCCUGGUGAGCCUGAAAGUGCUAGUAUAGAGGAUGUGGAGUUUCCGGUGGAUUUGUAUGAGGAGUUGGAGAAGGGGUUGGAAGGGAGUCAGAGGUUGUUGCCGCCGACGGCGAAGAAGUUUCAGGGGUGGGAUGUUGGGCUUUUGGAGAGGUUUGAGGUGCUUGAGGCGGGAUUGGGUGACGGAAGUGGGGAGGAGGAAGGUGAGGCUGGUGCGAAUGGGGGUGCCAAUGGGAAUGGGUUGGGUGGUGAGAUACCGGAGGAGGAUGUUGAUUGA